UAUUGUAAAUAUUGACACGAGGUAAUCCCACGAUUGAGGGCGGAUGGCUCCAACAGAAAUUCAUUCUGGCUCAGUUUAAAUGGGUCACGAAACUCCUUACAGCGGCGCGUGUCGCGUGAAAAAUAAAUCCUCUGUCACGUCAACAUGUCACGGAAAAGCAUCAACGACCGAUAAGUUAUAUUUUUAUGUAAUUACCCUGAGACCCGCACUAAAUCCCUGAGUAUCUAGUAGCGGUGUUGACCAUCUGAUCACAUCUCAGCGGUGACUGGAACAGUUAAGUCAACAAAAUGUCUAAGAAACCGAAAGAGGAAUUCUCGUGCGCGAUGUACAGCGACAAGUUUUUUAUGCUGUGCGCAGCGGGCGGUGCGUGCGCGUGCGGCUCCACGCACACCUUCGUCACGCCGCUCGACCUGGUUAAGUGCCGCUUGCAAGUCGACCCUGGCAAGUACAAGUCCAUAUUCAAGGGCUUCGGCAUCUCGUACGCGGAGGGUGGCAUAAAGAACCUCGUUAAGGGCUGGGCGCCCACCCUGAUAGGCUACUCCCUACAAGGCUCCGUGAAAUUCGCCGGAUACGAGUACUUCAAAUAUAAGUUUGCCAAAAUGGUCGACGAGGAGAGUGCUUACUUGUACAGAACGUAUUUGUAUUUAGCUGCGUCAGCGUCGGCCGAGUUCAUAGCCGACAUGUUCCUGUCACCUUUCGAAGCCACCAAAGUGAGGAUGCAGACGACGCCUGGCUACACGUCCCAAAUGCUAAAAGCAAUGCCGCACAUGCUGUCUACCGAGGGCUUCGGAGUGUUCUUCAGGGGCCUAGCGCCUCUGUGGGGUCGGCAAGUGCCGUAUACCAUGAUGAAAUUUUCGUCUUUUGAGAAAACUUUGGAGUAUUUGUACGAGAAUGUGGUUCCAAAGCCGCGGGAGCAGUGCACGAAGACAGAGCAGCUGAUCGUGACGUUCACGGCGGGGUACAUCGCCGGCGUGAUGUGCGCGAUCGUGUCACACCCCUCCGACACGAUAGUGUCGAAGCUGAACAAGGACCCGGGCGCGUCCAUCGGGGGCAUCAUAGCGGAGGUGGGGCCAAUGGGCAUCUGGCGCGGGCUGGUGGCGCGCAUAGUGAUGAUCGGCACGCUGACGGGCCUGCAGUGGUUCGUGUACGAUGCGUUCAAGGUGUACACGGGCAUGCCGCGCCCGCCGCCCGCGCCCAUGCCCGAGUCACUCAGAAAGAAACUCGCUGCCAAAAAAUAACGUUUCAUGUGUAUAUUAAUUAUGGUCACAUUUGUAAGUCUUUUGUGCGGUUUGGAAUUAUCAAGUAUUUUUCAUUUAUCAGUUUUUAUUUAUUUCAACUUUAUUCUGGAAAUGAUAUACCCGUCCGUGUCGGGACUAUCGCUUUUUUAUGUCGCAAUGUACCUACGACUUACACCACCUGUACAAUUCUGUUGUAUUUUAGUGUAAAAAAUAAUUGUUAUU